AUGCCGUUCACCAAGCAGCAGAUUGCGAAGUUCGAGGCCAUCCGGAGGAAGAACAACAAUCUCGACCAAUGGCAGGAAGAUAAACGGAAGACCUUCAAAGAUAGACACGAAGAGUAUAAACGACAGAUGGAACAGUCCAAUGUUAUUCUAAGUUACCCUCAUUGGGUAAUGAGCGAACGACUAAGGAUACAAGACCCGGAGCUCUAUGAAAAGUGGUACAAUGAAAUCCAAUCUACCGGGAUUGAAACACCUGUGCCCAAAUCAAUGAAGUCCGAUGCUGAACUACACAUUGCAGCCACGAAACAUGCACUGAAAAGGGCAGCUGAACAUAAUGUCGAUCUAGAUGCAUCACCGCCAAAGAAACCAUCAUUUAUGAUCGAUGAUAUACUUGAACCAAAUUCUACUACCUCUCCUCCUCCUCAGCCGUCUACUAGAGGAUGGAAACGAAAGCAUGAACCAGAGCCAAGCCACAUCGCAGAAAAAUGUUCACAUGAUUCGGAAUUGGAAGAUACACUAUCGGAACUGCGCGCCCCUGAAAUAUCAGAAGAUGUACUGACACAAGUUGCUGAAACCACAGAAGACGAAGUCUUUAUGAGCGACAUCAUUCACAAAAUCAAUAGCACAGACAACCUCUGGACCUUCAUAUACAGAGGACCUCCACCUACUAUUCUCAGUAACCGUCGUCUUAACGCCAUAAUAAUACAACAUUCUGACCAUUAUCAUAUUGUUUUCCAAGCUCUGCCACAGAAUCGUAAUCGAUCAUUACAACGUAUACUCCAAGUCAUGGGUAUUUCGUCAACCUAUACAUUUGAUAUACUCGCCACAUUACAACCAGUCAUAGAUUGGUUCCGUUUCGCGCCAUACCUUGCAAGUACAGGAUAUCGUGUUCAACUGCUAGGAAGAGGGUUACAACACCUUGCACAACAUAUCGGACUAACACCUAUUGAUCAAAAAGACUGUGCAACUCUCAACAGAGAAUCCAGGAAGCAACAACAUUCCAAUGUAAACAGGUCAAAGCGAACGCAACUACUAGACGAACUGAUUGAGGUUCACCGAUGCACACACCACAAAGAUUUGAAGCGAUGUCUCACUCGUAAACAACGGCUAUCCAUAUACAACGAGUUUGGAAUGCAGUGGGAAGAGUCGGCCAAAAUGUGCAUCGUGGCCUUCAACGAAGAGUUAUUUGAACGUCAGACAAACAUAUCGUUCGAAGAGUACAUGCAGGAAAACAACCACAUGGCUUUGUGUGCUCACCCAAAGACAUUUGAUGACCCAUUCCUGGAUAACCUACUAGCAGCGAAUAAGAUCGAUAAAGACAAGUUCUGUAAAGCGAUACAUGAAGUGAUGAACAAGAAGAUAGACAUGCUUAAUACAUUGUGCAUUGAAGGACCCACUACCACAGGCAAGUCACUAGUGCUAAAGAUGAUAUGCCAAAACUACCAUUGCGGUACCGUACAACGAUCUGGCGACCACUCACAGUUUUUUUUACAAAACCUGGUCGAUAAGUCUGUUGCGCUAAUGGAAGAACCCAGAAUAACAUUGGCUACCGUUAAUGAUUUCAAAGAGUUACUCGGAGGCAGUCCAUUCGACAUACACGUCAAACAUUCUCCUGAUGUGACCUUGAGCCGCCUACCCGUUUUAAUAUCAACCAAUCACAGCCUCGGAGCUUACAUUACCUCCAUCGAUGCAGCAGCUAUAUAUGAGAGGUGCCAUACGUUCCAUUUCAAAGUUCGCGUCGGAUCUCCGGAACUGCCGAAACCACGGAGCACUCUUUGUGCCUGCUACUUCUCUUCCUGGUAUGGCAAGUGGUGGGAAGCGAAUCCUUGUCGAUUCGACGAAUGA